AUGGGUCAGCAAUUGCGUCGAGCCGUUGGGAAAAUCAAGGAAGUUGAGAGAUCACCGUCUACUACAUCAAGGGUCACCGUGGAUCGGAGAUCGCUUCCGAAAGAUGAGCUCAGCGCCGCGAAACCUCCGCCUACCGCCGCCGUUGAUGUUGUUUCUGAUGAAACUCGAAGAACUAAUGAAGAUGACGCUUUAGAGGAACGAGACCCGAAAUACGAUACAAUGCUGAACCAAAUGGUGGGGAGAAUAAGGGCUAAACCCGGAGGCAAAGCUGAGAUGGGAGAGGCAUUGCUAGUGGAAACAUCGAAAAGGGCACUCCCAAAGCUCCGGAAUACAACUCCCGAGUCAACAAGGUACGAAGAAAAACCGGCGCCUCAAGGAACAUUGAACGUGGCACAAGUGCGACACAUCAUGCUUCUCUAUCAGGGGAAAGCUCAGGACCACAAUGGCCCUAUGAGUGUGAAUGAGAUAGCUGAAAAGUACCGGCUUAAUGUCUCUCAGGUCCAGAAGAUCACUCAGUUCCUGUCUUUACCUCCAGAGGUUACUAAUAGGCAGAAGAAGCAAUAUGACUAA